AGUUGGUUUGCUCGCCUUCAAUAAACAAGUAGAAACAGAAAAGAAGAAGAAGAGCAAGAGAAAGAGUAAGAUGAAGUUCUUCCUAGAUUAAACAAGCACAGCCUGCUGAAUGGGAUAAUACUAAACGCAUCUGCUGAACAAGGGGUUCCUCCAGGACAUCAUUCAAAUGAAAUAGUGAAAAGUGGAGUGAGUCUUUGUUAGCAGACAUCUGAUGGUCAUUCCUCUUUGAAACACCUUCAGAGGAUUAUAAGAUUAAAAGAGUGCCAAAUGAUUACUUUCUGAAGUCCAACAGGUUCAAACCUCGCCAGUUUUGUGGUAUAUAGCAGUUCUUUUAAACAGCAGCAUUACUAAGGAGCCAUGGGAAGCUGGAAAGAAAUGAGUAAAGAGGAGUUGGAAAAACAGUAUUCUCCCAGGCGAUGGUCUCAUAGGAUGGAUGAAGAUGCUGUAAUUGCUGCACAUUGUGCUUUGCUGAAAGAAGGUACAGAGAUUGCCCGCAGCAUGUUUCAGACAUUAUUAAAUGUUCCUUACGGGGAGACAGAAGGAGAAAAGUUGGACAUUUAUCUGCCAUCUAACCCAUCCAAAGAUUUGCCUUUAGUGAUUUACUUUCAUGGAGGAUAUUGGCAGUUUCUAAGCAAAGAAGAGUCUGGCUUCUUGGCAGUCCCACUUGUUUCCAGUGGUGUUGUUGUUGUUGCUGUGGAUUAUGAUAUAGCACCCAAAGGGGAUAUAAAUCUAAUGGUGUCUCAGGUGAGGCAAAGUGUAAUCUCGAUUGUGCAGCAGUAUUCUCACAUCAGUGGUGUAUAUUUAUGUGGUCACUCAGCUGGUGCACACCUGGCAGCAAUGGUUUUAUCCACUGACUGGUCCCAGUAUAAGAUCAUUCCAAAUAUCAAAGGGGCUUUCCUCAUCAGUGGAAUUUAUGAUCUUCUGCCAAUCACUAACAUAUAUGUCAACGAUCUUCUGAAAAUGACAGAAAAAGAUGCAUCAAUGAACAGUCCCAUUAGACUUGUGACACAAGCCAAGAGUUCAGCGGCAAUGUGUGAAAUUCUGAUAUCUGUGGCUCAACAUGACUCUCCUGAGUUCAGAAGGCAGUCUUUGGAAUAUUUCCAGGCAUUGAAAUCUGUAGGUCUGAAUGUUAUCUGGGAAGAUGUACCUAACACUGAUCAUUUUGAUAUCAUUGAAAAUUUACAGGAUGCAGGUUUUCGCAUUACACAGAGUAUUCUGAAGACAGUUAAAAAACUUUGACUUGACAAAGUUUUGAUAUGAAAAUUGAUAAAAUAUGAAGAAUUGACCCAUGCUCAAAAACAUUACUAAAAAGUAAUUUAUAAUGUGUUAAAUUGCUUAUGUGACACAGGUUUUAUGAUCAUAUCUCUGAAUUCAAUUUACAUAAGAAAAACUAAUUGUUAAUAUAUUUCUGUUUAGUUUUUAAUGUAUAAAGUGAUAGUAGAGAAGA